GAAGCGCUCUUGGAUGUUCUGUGUGUAGAACGACUACACGCUUUAGACCCACCCGCCCGUGCGGCUGUACUGAAUGCCCUACAAGUAUCCGAAACCAUCCGCGCGCACCCAAGAGGCCAGGAAUGGGCCAGGCAUAUCAUCUGCCACUCCGAAGGCAUCCAACUGAACCUCAUGAAGCUGCUCCUGGACAACACCGGCACAUACCACAACCUGCACAAGCUCGUCUACACAGACGUGACCGAUCCCAUGAUCCGCGAAAGCAUCAUCCGCCACAUCCGCACACAGGCGCUGCUGCUGCGAGAUCAGCGGGACGAGGGUGAGUACAUUAUGCUGAAGGCCACGGGCGACCAAUUGCCUCGGAAUCACAAGCACAAGGACGAUGACCUGCCCUUUGCCGAUGUGACGGUGCGAAGCCGUCGCCACCAGGUACGGGAAUAG